UUUGGGACAGUGCACCUAGUUUUUGGAUCUUUGCUGGGCCAUAAUGAAGAUCAUUCUGCUUGUCAUUCUGCUUGUGACCCUGUUCUUUCAGGGGUACAGCACUGGAUCCACAUCCUGCCAGGGCCGCUGUGACGAGAAGUACAACUCUCAGAACAAGUGCCACUGCAACUCCAAGUGCUCCCAGUAUGACAACUGCUGCAGUGACUACGAAGCCCUCUGUAAUGCACCCGCUCCAGGAUUGUCCUGCCAGGGCCGCUGUGGGGAGAAAUACAACUCUCAGAACAAGUGCCACUGCAACACCAAGUGUGGAGACCACAACAACUGCUGCAGCGACUACACCUCUCUCUGUGGAAGCUCUGGUGGGGGAGAUGGAGGCAGUGACAUCACUGAUGCUGAGAUCAAGUCUAUGUCUGAGGCUCUGUAUGCUCUGGACUCCAACAAGCCCUCUGCGUCAGAGCUGAUCAUUGACUCCCAGGCCAGAGUGCCCAACUCCGAGACCAGCUCCCAGAACGACCUGUCCCCACGCCCGUUGUUCAAGUUCCUGGACGAGGCGUCUCUGUUCUCCAAGCCAUCGUAUGCUGCCUUCAUGGCCCUGCUGGACAACUACGAGAGAAACACAGGCACCACAGAGGACUUCACCCCCCAGCAGCUGGCUGAGCAGGAUACCUUCCUCAAGGAGGCCAUGUCCAACACCGAGCUGGGCAGAGAGCUCUACGCCUUCCUCUUCACCAAGGGACGCUACAGCUCUGAGGAGGAGUUCCUCCAUGACCUGAAGAUGAUGUGGUUCGGCCUCUACUCCCGCUACGCUGGCAAGAUGGACUCCAGCGGCUUUGAGCACAUUUUUGCAGGUGAGAUUAAAGGAGGGAAGAUAUCUGGCUUCCACAACUGGCUCCAGUUCUACCGGCUGGAGAAACAGGGUCUAAUUGACUACUACAGCCACAGCUUCGAUGGACCUUGGACUUCCUACCCUGAUGUUCUGGGGAUGCAGUUUAUGUGGGAUGGCUACUUCAAGCAGGUUGGUUCUUCCAUCAUUGGCUGCAGUCCUGAGUUCGACUUAGCCGUGUACAGUCUCUGCUACAUCACCCGUCCAGGGAAACAGUGUAAACUGAGCCUGGGAGGGAAGCCACUGGUGAUCCAGACCUACACCUGGGAUAAAUCCUCCUAUGGGAAUGGGAAGAAGUACAUCGGCUCCGCCUUCCCUGCCACGCCCUAGAACUGAAGCACACAGUGGCCAUUCAGCAUUCAACAAGCUACCAACAGUCUGUCAUCACAUCCCACAUCGAACUAAACAAUGUCCAAUUUUAGUCCUGAUACGCAGGAGCAUUUCAAUCAGAACUUGUAUUUGUAAAAGAGUCAAAUUUUUGUCAAUGGGACAAUUAAUCCUAAUUUAAGUUAAUAUAGUAUGAAUGUAUUGUCUCACUAUAAAUGUAGGUGCAAAACAUAGAUGUUGUAAUUUUACAAUUUACAAUUUAGUAAUUUAGCAGACGCUCUUAUCAAGAGAGGCUUACAGUAGUGAGUGAAUACAUUUUGUAGUAAUAAAGCAAAGGUGGCAUACCAUUCAAUAUUGGGACUCUUGACAUUUCUGCUCAUGAUUAUUUGUACAAUUGGGAUUAUUUUAUUCUCAAAGAAUGAAGAUUCUAAUAAAUCAGGUGAGCCCAAAAAUAAGUUCAGGUUGUAAUGUUUUACAAUCACAU